ACCGGACUGCGUGUCUUGGCAAUGAAGUCAAGUUGCUGACUACACUGGGGACAGGGUCAGACGUCUUGAGGGACGGGUGGCAGUCUAAAGAGUCCUGGGCGCGCCACCUUCGUGGGACCAAAAUUCCUUGUGGGACGAUGAUAGGGGCACAGAUCAUACAAUACGGGCAAGCGCGGGCGAGGAGGGAAACCCAGGCGGGACAAGGACUUUUGAAGAGAGGUCAGAGGGCACGAAGUUGUGUCUGCAGCUGUUACCAUGGUAACCCGGGACCGGAUGUGGCGACUUAAAGGUGCGACAGUGGCCUCAGGCCUCCUGGCCCGACAGUCUAUCGACUCUAUGGCACAUUGUGAGGAGCCGGUUGUGGGGUCUUUUCAGCGAGGAGAGAAGAGAGGAAUUUUCUUUAAGCAUUUAUAGGAACGCAACAAAAGAAGGCUUGGGCCUGCCAUUAUCGUCUGGCAGAGACCGAGCCCCACAAAGGCUCCCCGGAGCCUUCCGGAAAUGAAGGGGCAGGAGCCUCAGCUUCUCAGUCCACCCAACGGAAGCGGAAACAGAAUCCCAGCGUGCCCCUUCCUCACUGCCCUCCAAAUCCCGCUGCAGCCAUUGCCGCAACCACGAUGCCGAAACGAAAGAAGCAGAGUCAGCAGCAGCAGCCGCCACUGCAGCAGCCCCCGCUGCCAGAGCGGGAAGAGACUGGAGACGAGGAGGAUGGGAGUCCCAUAGGACCACCCAGCCUUCUGGGCCCUCCCCCCAUGGCCAAUGGAAAGCCUGGUGACCCCAAGUCAGCCCCAAACUGGAAUCCACCCACAUGUCCACCAUCAGUAGAAUGGAUAAAUAAGUUGUUGUGUGUGCAUGCAAUGGGAUACUACACUGCAAUGAAAAUGAACGAACUCCUGCUACAGGCAACUUGGAUGAAUCUCACAAACACGAUGUUGAGCGAAAGGAGCCAGACAGAAAAGAAUGCAGACUCUCUUCACAGAGGUCCUCCAGGCUCAAGGGGACCAAUGAUUCCACCACUGCUGAGUCUCCCACCUCCUCCCCGGGGCAGAGGCCCAAUUCGGGGGGGCGUAGGCCCCAGAUGUGGCCCAUAUGGUCGUGGUUGGUGGGGGGCCAAUACUGAACCUCCUUUUCCUGGACCAGGCCAUGGGGGUCCUUCCAGGGGAGGCUUUCACAAAGAGCAGAGAAAUCCUCGAAGGCUCAAAAGUUGGUCUCUUAUCAAAAAUGCCUGCCCACCCAAGGAUGGCCCCCAAGUUAUGGAAGACAAAUCCAACCGCCCUGUCUGCCGACACUUUGCCAAAAAGGGCCACUGUCGAUAUGAGGACCUCUGUGCCUUCUACCACCCAGGCGUCAAUGGACCUCCUCUGUGAGACUGUGCCUUCCCAUCCAGGCUGGAAGGAGCCCUCUGUGACCUAGCGGCCAUAUAUUUCCCUGUGGCCCUGUGAUGGCUACUGUGAGGCUGUUCACCCACCACCCUCAGUCAGUGACACCCACCCCCAUCUGUCACCUUCCCGUUUGGGGUUCAGAGUUGUGUUUCAUCACUGGUGCCCAGUGUGUGAUCCAGCCUCCAGAGACUCGCCUUCGGGACCCCAUCUUUGCUCCCUUCAACUGCCUCCUGGAUCCUCUUCCCCCUCACCAACUGACUGCUGAACAGGAAACCUCUUUGGUGCUGUUUCUUGUGCAUCUGCCCACCCAGCCCCCAGUACUGCCCUCGAUUCCUGAGAGCUCUGGAGCAAUUUCCUACCAUUCCCAUCUAGCUGCUUAAGUCCUUUUUAUGUGACAACCCUUACCCCAAAAGUUGCCAGUUGCUCUGUGAAACUCACCAGGUUGACCUGGGGUUGAGUAUGGAUGACUGGUGCAGAGUUACUUCCUGAAAGGCCACUCUCCCUGCUUUUGGAUUUUGUAGUUUCUGCAUCAGUAGCAUGAUCCCCACCGCUCUGGUCUGUGAUCACUGUGCUUUGUGAAACUGUGCAUCCCCUCGUACGUAGCCUCUCUCAAUGUCUGUGGCAUCUUUGUGACUUCCCAACACUAGAGUAAGUUUUUCUGCCAAAACAAGUGAGACUCGGUGCCCUCUAGACUUUCCACGCCUCCCAACGUGGGAGAAUUGUGAACCUUUCUGCAAGACUGCCUCCCUGGUCUCCCCAUCCUGGUGUCGGUUUUUCUGGGUUUGACACAAGCCCAUGAGAUGUCCUCUAAAGCUUCUGAUGGGCAACCCUGUCUCCUCUCCAGCCCACUUUAGUUAGACUAUGUCAUUGUGAGGCCACCAGCCCUUUCGUCUGAAUUCUGUGAAUCUCCACCCGGCCUACCUUUGGGUGGAACCUGGACAGUACUGUCGCCCUCGUCUAACCUUCUUCCCUGCAUCCCUGGCACUGGUUGUUUUCUGUGAAAACGGCAGUGAACAGGCUCAGUUUUGAACUGGCCCUGAGGAAAUGGGUCAGGAGUUGUGUGGGCAAGAGGGAAGGAUGAGAGCCGUUGGAGAAAGAAUGAAUUUUUUUUCUUUUUAACAUUUUUUUAUAUUAGUAAUAAAUGCAGUGGAAACAAGCAUUUUCUUCAA